UACCGUCAAGGUUCGCAGCGACUACCAUUUCUUCUCGGAUAUGAAGCCACUGCGACAUAACGCCUUAGUCAUCAAGGUCCUCUUCACUGGGAAAUCAACAUUUUCCGUUAUUUACUUUACGCUACAUUAUUUCCAUAAUGCAUCUUUGUUUUUUUCCAAAACAUUAUUUACCUGUCUUCCAGAACAGAUUUGUUGUGCAACAGCUGCAGAGGACUGAGAGGGGCGGGCCUUUGAGAGGCGUUUGAGUGAAAAAGGGAGAGAAAAGUGAAACCUCAGCCACAAGGACCAUCGAUGGACUUGGGUUUGCUUCAAGGACAGGAGAGGGACAGGAUCCUGGAAGUGCUUCGGAGAGACAAACUGUUGCGUAAGAUAGAGGAAGAUCGGAUCAGGAGAAUGAAGUUUGAGCUGCAGGAGCUGCGUAGGAGAGGCGCUAAGAGUUCUACCAAAGAGUACGGUAAGAGGACGUGCGCUCGCUGCCAGAGGCCGCUGGGAAAGUGGUGUAACACUGGGGAAGUCUGCCGGGGAUGCAGCCACCGCAUCUGCAGCAAGUGUCGCAUGAACACUGGAGCGGCGGGCUGGAAGUGUACCAUCUGCUACGCCUACAGGGAGAUGAAGAUCCAGUCUGGAGAAUGGUUUUUAGACCAGAAAACUAAGAAAUAUCCAACUGUCAAAGACAAAUAUGAGACGGUUGGAGAGAAACUGUUAAAGACCUACAGCAUGCUGAGUCACAUAUCAAUCAUCCCGGCCACUCCGCCGCCCCACUCUGAUUUUCACUUUCUGAGCAGAUCUGGGGAUGAGAACAAAGGCAGCGUUUUUCCUCGAUCGGUGGAAGAUUUUAUGUUUUCAAUCAGCAGCAAUAUUAGAAAGAUUUCCAAAUCUCAAAAUGAUGUUCGAGGGGACUUGCUGAACGUGGACAGCGGUAAACAUUUGCACUACAGCACCCAGAAGAGUCGGUCAGACACCAACAUCAGCACAUCUGUCAAACUGUACCAAGGCCUGAGUCUUCAAAACCUGUUCAAAAAGAGCAAAGACAGCGACCCAGAAUGUUCCUCCACCGGGGCGGAAGAAGAAAGUUCUAGAAGCUCAGACAACUCUGAUGGCAAACAGGAAAAUAUCCCUACAGAAUGCGGUGUCUUUGAAGGCAUCACUUGUAAGAGUGGAGAGCUGGAGUUAGCCAUGGCCUACAACUCCAACACUUCCUGUCUGGAGAUCACAGUGGGAUCUUGCAGAGAUCUCCCCUAUGGAGACACCAGGAAGAAGAGGUGUCACCCGUAUGUCAAACUGCACGUGAUGCCACCGAACAGCAACAAGCUGAAGACGUCAGUCCAGAGGAACACCACACAUCCUGUUUAUAAUCAACUCUUUAAAUAUCACAUAGAGCGCCACCUGCUGACUGGAAAGAGACUGCAGGCUUCCGUGUGGCAUUCAGGAACCCUGCGCAGGAAGUUUUUCUGGGCGAGGUCCCUCAUCCCAUUGGACGGAUGGCAACUUGAGGGCCAGGACUUCCAGCGCUUCAACUGGUACCCACUGUGUCCACAGCAAAGAGAGUGUCCAGAGGGAGGGCGCUGUGGAUCUAAAUGGAGGAGAACUUCUACACAGAAUGCAGUCCAGCUUCAACAGUCAAGUGAGCAUUUGCACUUAUAUCCAGCUACUGUACAUACAAGAUAUGUAUCAGAUACAUUUUAAUUGUGAUAUUUUAUGUGCUAACUGGCUUAAGAUCAUGGUAGUAAAUUGUAUGAUUUAGAUUAUAACUAACGA